GAAGGCACAGAGGAUUAACUUGAUGUCAGAUAAACCCAUCAAUCAUAGACAUGGACACGCUAGUCGUGUUCAUGUGGCAGACUGGCAGUCCAACACAGUUCAAGUGCUAUCCAAUCAGAAGUCUAUCCGAUUCUCCUUUCGAUUAGUACAACUUAAUUUGACGGCGCCUCCUGAUAAAACGAGGCCAUGCAUGCUCUGUCUUUCUUCAGGCUCAUGGAGAAAGACAUUUUGCUGGAAGCUCAUGGAGAAAGACAUUUUGCUGGAAGCAAGCAGCAUCUUCAGGCUUUCACCAGUCCCGGAUUACCGUAAUCGUGGUACGAUCCGUUCAUGCAUUCACAUUCCAUCUAAAAACGUACCAGCUGCAUUAACAUCUUUUGUGGGAGUAGAUGGCAACAUGGCAUCGCUGUCGAGAGCAGUUUUCUUUCAGUACCACUGUAGAGCCACUGUCAUUGAUAGUAGGCACAAUAAAGGUCAAGCACAUGAAAUGCUUCCAUGAACCGGAGCUACCGUCCACAGUAAAUGAAUCAAUGCGUUAACCCUCUAUGUGCGGAUGUGCGCCGUUUGGCAGCUGGUAGGAAGUAGCAGCAGCAUCACCAUGGCUUUAAUGUUUUUCAACCUUGCAGAUGGAGUCGAAUUUGUAGUGGAGUAGAGCACACAAGGGUCAAGUGUCCCUCCUGAAAUAUCUCCAGGAAAUGGAGGAAUGUGACAAGCAAACCUAACCAUAGGUCUCGAAGCAAAACCCACCGCGUCGCCAAAAUGAAUUCUCACUUCAAUGCGGGACAGAAGCAACCACCUCAUUUUAUUACACUUCUCGCUUUCCAGUUUCCACUCCACGAGCAGAGACCACAGUCCACACUCCACGCAGCUCACUGGAAGCAUGUUAAGCUGGAGAGUGGAGUGUACAUAAGCAGCAGAGCUUGAUCUGCCCCCAAAUCCAAGCUUUGCUCCCAAAAGCUCCUUUGCAUCUAUCUAUCAAAUUAUUCUCCCUUUCUCUUCUCCAUGGAUUUUUGCAAGGCGAGAUGGAAGGUUCCGGCGCUGUGCCUGGUGACUGUUCUUCUCCAAGCAAGCCUCUCUGCUUGCGCGCCAACUCCCAAGACUUACAUCGUGCAGAUGGCGGCGUCUGAGAUGCCGAGCUCGUUCGAUUUUUACCAUGAGUGGUACGCUUCCACGGUGAAGUCGGUGAGCUCUUCGCAGCUGGAAGAUGAAGAGGAUGAUGCUUCCACGAGGAUUAUCUACAACUACGAGACGGCAUUCCAUGGCUUCGCGGCUCAGCUCGACGAGGAGGAAGCCGAGCUGAUGGCCGAGGCGGACGGCGUGCUGGCCGUGAUCCCGGAGACGGUGUUGCAGCUGCACACCACCAGGAGCCCGGACUUCCUCGGCAUUGGCCCGGAGGUCAGCAACAGGAUAUGGUCCGACAGCCUCGCCGACCACGACGUCGUCGUCGGCGUGCUCGACACCGGCAUAUGGCCGGAGAGCCCCAGCUUCAGCGACAAGGGCCUCGGCCCCGUGCCGGCCAAGUGGAAAGGCCUCUGCCAGACCGGCCGCGGCUUCACCACGGCGAACUGCAACCGCAAGAUCGUCGGGGCGCGCAUCUUCUACAACGGCUACGAGGCCUCGUCGGGGCCCAUCAACGAGACGACCGAGCUCAAGUCCCCGCGCGACCAGGACGGGCACGGCACGCACACCGCCGCCACCGCCGCGGGCUCGCCCGUGCAGGACGCCAACCUGUACGGCUACGCCGGCGGCGUCGCCCGUGGCAUGGCGCCCCGCGCCCGCGUCGCGGCCUACAAGGUGUGCUGGGCGGGAGGGUGCUUCAGCUCCGACAUCCUGGCGGCCGUCGAUCGCGCCGUGUCGGACGGCGUCGACGUGCUCUCCAUCUCCCUCGGGGGUGGCGCCUCCCGGUACUACCUCGACAGCUUGUCCAUAGCGUCGUUCGGGGCCAUGCAGAUGGGCGUGUUCGUCGCCUGCUCGGCCGGCAACGCCGGGCCUGACCCGAUAAGCCUCACCAACCUGUCGCCGUGGAUAACCACGGUGGGCGCGAGCACCAUGGACCGUGACUUCCCGGCCACGGUGACGCUCGGCAACGGCGCGAACAUCACCGGCGUCUCGCUUUACAAAGGCCUGCGAAAUCUGUCGCCGCAGGAGCAGUAUCCGGUGGUCUACUUGGGCGGCAAUUCCAGCAUGCCGGACCCCCGUUCUCUGUGCCUCGAGGGGACGCUGCAGCCGCACGACGUCUCCGGGAAGAUAGUGAUCUGUGACCGCGGCAUCAGUCCUCGGGUGCAGAAGGGUCAGGUUGUCAAGGAAGCCGGCGGCAUCGGCAUGAUACUUGCCAACACCGCGGCAAACGGCGAGGAGCUGGUCGCCGACAGCCACCUGCUGCCGGCCGUGGCAGUCGGCGAGGCGGAAGGCAUUGCCGCCAAGAGCUACAGCAAGAGCGCCCCAAAACCGACCGCGACGCUCAGCUUCGGCGGAACCAAACUCGGCAUCCGGCCGUCGCCGGUGGUCGCCGCGUUCUCGUCCCGGGGACCAAACAUCCUGACUCUGGAGAUCCUCAAGCCGGACGUCGUCGCGCCCGGCGUGAACAUCUUGGCCGCAUGGAGCGGCGACGCCAGCCCGUCGAGCUUGUCCAGCGACAGCCGUCGCGUCGGGUUCAACAUCCUGUCGGGGACGUCCAUGUCGUGCCCGCACGUCGCCGGCGUGGCCGCGCUGAUCAAGGCGAGCCACCCGGACUGGAGCCCAGCACAGAUCAAGUCCGCGCUGAUGACCACCGCGUACGUGCACGACAACACGUACCGGCCGAUGAAGGACGCGGCGACCGGCAAGGCGUCGACGCCGUUCGAGCACGGAGCGGGGCACAUACACCCGGUGCGAGCUCUCACCCCUGGCCUGGUCUACGACAUUGGCCAGGCCGACUACCUGGAGUUCCUCUGCACGCAGCACAUGACGCCGAUGCAGCUCAGGACCUUCACCAAGAACUCCAACAUGACAUGCAGGCACACCUUCAGUUCCGCCAGCGACCUCAACUAUCCGGCCAUCUCAGUCGUCUUCGCCGACCAGCCAUCCAAGGCGCUGACGGUGCGCCGCACUGUCACGAACGUUGGUCCUCCAUCUUCGACGUACCAUGUCAAGGUCACCAAGUUCAAGGGCGCCGAUGUCAUCGUCGAACCGAACACCCUGCACUUCGUAAGCACAAACCAGAAGCUUAGCUAUAAGGUUACAGUGACAACCAAGGCCGCCCAGAAGGCACCGGAGUUCGGAGCCCUGUCCUGGAGCGACGGCGUCCACAUUGUCAGGAGCCCUGUCGUCCUAACAUGGCUGCCACCACAGUGAGCCCCUUUGGUGUUGUUGCAUUAGACAAAUCAUGAAGCAGAAACAUCUGUGUCCUGGCUUCAGAUAUAGCAAGUCUGAUAUAGGUCGCGUAUCAGCAGCACAGCACAGUUCACUUAGUGAAGAAAAGCUGCACUCCAAAACAAGCUUUAUUCCUCACUGUAUCCAUGCUUAUUCCAAUUGUUCAGUAGUUGGUUGAUUGUUUCUA